AUCCAGACCUUGACUUAUUAUUUUGGCCACCAAAUACCUACCCUUUUGCAUUAUUAUCCCUUUCUCUACCAACGCCAAGCCUCCGCACUCUGCCAUGGAUUCUAGUUCCACCUUGCCGGAAAUAACCGUUGAUGCCUCUCCUAUGCUUCGCUUAUACAAAGAUGGCCGCAUAGAGAGGCUCAUGGGCACAGAAGUUGUCCCUCCAGGCCUCGAUCCCAAAACAAACGUCGAUUCCAAAGACGUCCUCUACUCACCGGAAAACGGCCUAUCUAACCGGCUCUACAUCCCAAAAACUACCAACCCCGGCGACAAGCUUCCGCUUCUGAUCUAUUUCCACGGCGGAGCCUUUUGCAUUGAAACGGCCUUUUCCCCCACCUACCACAAUUAUCUCAACCCCCUGGUUGCUGAAGCCAAUAUAAUUGCAGUUUCGGUCGAUUACAGGAGAGCUCCAGAGCACCCAAUUCCGGCUGCAUACGACGAUUCAUGGACCGCUCUCAAAUGGAUAGCCUCCCAUUCCGGUGGAAAUGGCCCAGAAAAUUGGCUGAACAGCUACGCCGACUUUGGAAAAGUGUUCUUCGCUGGUGACAGCGCCGGUGCCAACAUAUCCCAUCACAUGGCCAUGAGGAUCGGCAAGGAGAAAUUAGAAGGUUUUACUGUUACAGGUAUUAAUUUAACGCAUCCGUAUUUCUGGGGCACUGAACCGGUCGGAGAUGAGAUUAAGGAUUUAGCUGCGAGGGAGAAAAUAGAGAGACUGUGGCGAUUUGCCUCUCCAGGGACAAGUGGGUGCGAUGACCCAUGGAUGAAUCCGCUGAAAGGUCCAGAUUUGGCGGGACUUGGGUGCAGCAGGGUGCUUGUUUGUGUUGCAGACAAGGACAUACAGAAGCACAGGGGAUGCUACUACUAUGAGAAGCUGAAGGAAAGUGCAUGGGGGGGAGAAAUUGAGAUAAUGGAGUCUGAAGGAGAGAACCAUGUUUUCCAUUUAUUCAAUCCAACCUGUGAAAAUGCUGUGGCCAUGCUCAAAAGAGUUGCUUCGUUCCUGAACCAGGAUAAGGCAUGAAACCAGGGUGGGUGAUCAAAUGAAAUGGGUGCAUCAGCCUAAUAAAAAUUCCAAGAACGGAAUUGCUCAGAUUGAUGACCCCAUGAAAUUUGAGCUAAAUCCCAAUCAGGAACUUUGUAAUAUCAAUUCGAAUAAGUUUUCAGUUAAU